AUGGCGACCUUGCUCGCGCUUGCCACCGCCCCCACCCUGGUAGAAGCAAGCCCGACGGCUGGAUCUGCGUCUUUGAUCUCGGAGUUCGCUGUCCCAAAUGCUCCAUCUGGCCUUUUUUAUUAUCCCGACCAAGAUCUGCUCUAUGUCCUAUGCGGCACCAGCACGAACGGCGACCACUAUUUGUACGCUUACACCACGGAUGGCACGCUGAAGUGCACCAUCACGAUCCCAGAAGCAGUCGGAAUGAGCCGUGUGGACGGAUUCUUCAUUGCUGAUUCGAAGGCGUACAUCGCGGAUUCACAAGGACCGAUCUACGCAGGCACAAGCGGCAGGCUGGGCGGGUCCAUGUACGAGAUGGAUUGGGAGGACCCUUGUCAGUGCGACGAAAAUGACAACAGCGUCGAUGACUUUUCCCCGUCCUGCGAUCUCUCCACGGCCAGCUGGUCUCCGAGCUCCAUCACCGCGCAGGCAGACAUCGUGGCGAGUACGGUCUCGUCCAGCGAGGGCGGCGGCAACGACGCGUACUUCCGCAACUCUGGCGUGCUGGUCAAGGACGGCAGCUUCUUCGCAGUGAACGGCGUUCACCCCGUCACGCAGGGCGAUUACACCUCGUACUACCAGAAAUCCUUGAUCAAGGCUUCCCUCUCAGGCAUUAUUGACAAUGUCCCCGCCGUUGAAGAGUACUGGCCGUUCACAGCAUCCACACUGGGACACGACGUGGAUAUGGAGGCUUUGACGUGCGGAGACGACGACUGCGCGACGUACAUUUACAUCGGGGAUGAGUACAACUACAUCUACAGGCUCACACUUGGGACCACGGAUCCCGCCUCCGCGGUCGAGUAUGAGUGGGACGUGGCUGACCUGGUCGGUGGCUCUUCCAUCGCGACGGACAAGGGGAUCGAGAGUCUCACAUACUCGAGCAAGACGGGAUACUUCUACGCAGCGGUGCCUCGUGACUUCGGGGAGUGGUGGAUGGGCAUAUCUACCAGCUCCUCAGUGCACGAACCUAUCCUUGUCCACCUCAUUUGGGGCAAGGCUCCAGAAGCUGUAGGACGGCCGACCACCCUGCGAGAGCCGGCGCCUCUGAUGCAGGAGCAGCCGGGGUCCCUCCGCGGCUGGUGCCCGACGGCCAGGAAGGGCACCAGGCUUCUCGGGAAGUAUUUGGGCCUCCUGCUGGAUGAAAUGUCUCGGGGAGAGCUCAAGGAUGUGGAGCUUUGCAAGACGCUGAGCUGGAUGGUGCCCAAGGCGACCGGGGACAACGCGCCCGCUCCGCCAAUGCGACUGGCCACGGGCGGCUGCGACCACCAGGCGGCCGUCUGGAAGUGCGAGGGCGACUCCUGGAUGCAGGAGCCGUGCGCCGGCGGCGCGGUCCACAGCGACUGGGUGCGGUGCGUGGCCUGGCGCCCGGACGGCUCUGCGGUCAUCGCUUCCGGCGGCUGGGACAUGACCGUG